AUGGGCCAUUAUUUUACAAUAGACAUUUCUGAAUCUUUUGACGAUAUAAUAAUUAAUUCAACAUGUACUGAUAAUAUUUCUAUAUAUAAUUCAAAUGGUUCACCAACAACUAUACAACGAUGUUAUCCCCUAUUAAUUAAUUUUGCUCAUAAAUGUUGUCAACGAUCACAACAACGAAAUUGCAAUACAGGAUUAAUAAAUGGUAUUCGUCAAUGUAUAAAAAUGAAUAUGAGUAUAUUUGAUAAUGAUCAACAAUUUAUGAAAAGAAAUAAACAUAUAUUAAAUCAAACACGAGGAGCUGGUUACUGGCUUUGGAAACCAUAUAUAAUACUUAAAGAACUUUAUCUUGCUCGAGAAGGUGAUAUUAUUAUUUAUUCUGAUGCAACUGUGAAUUUUAUUCGAAAUAUACAACCUCUGAUUGAUUUAACUAAAUAUCAAGAUGUAAUUACAUUCAAACAUACUUCAAAGGAAUAUAUUUGGACAAAACGAGAUGCAUUUAUAACAAUGAAUGUUGAUGAACCAUUAUAUUAUAAUUCAUCAGCUGGUAUUGCUUCUUAUGUUAUAUUACGAAAAAGUUUAAUGAGUAUGACAUUUGUAUCAGAAUGGUUAACUUAUGCACAAGAUAAUCGAAUAAUAACUGAUGAUAAAAAUGUUUUUAAUCAGAAAAAUUAUGAUGGUUUUAGAGAAAAUCGUCAUGAUCAAUCUAUACUUAGUUUAUUAGCUAAAAAAUGGAAUUUAACUAUUUAUCCUGAUCCAAGUCAAAGAGGUAACAGACAAAAACGACCGUAUUCAACAUUUUUUUAUCAUCAUCGAAUAAGAGAUUAA